AUGGCUAGUCUGAUCACUCUUGCUAUUCUGAUACGCGGAACGACUACCGCCAGUCAGAUUGGUAUGGCGUUAAAUAUUGUUCUGGUAGCAAAUACAACCCUUCUCAGCCUGGUGACUUUGUGGACUAACCUGGAGAUAUCCCUGGGCGAUAUAUCUCGCUUGAAGAAUCUAGAGGCCAAUACACCAACAGAGCACGAACCUCACGAAAACAACAUGGCCGUUGACAACAGCUGGCCAUCAUCUGGACUCGUAGAGUUCGAUAACGUAACGGUAGAAUACAAUCCAGACGCAGUAGCUUUACGAAACAUCAACCUGAAAGUCGUCGCCGGUCAACAAUCAAUCAUUUGUGGCUGUACAGGCAGAAGCGGGAAAAGCACCCUACUACUCGCCCUUCUGCGUCUCUUAGACGUGAAAUCGAGAGCUAUCAAAGUAGAUGGGAUCGAUAUAAGUCUUGUCCCACGCUCUUUGGUCAGACAACGAUGCUUCAUCACAGUCAUACAGGAUCCAUUCGUGCUGGCGCACCGGCCAGUCUUCGGUUCAACCUUGAUCGCCAUGACCUCCUUACCGCAGCUAUCCACCGGCCAAACGCAAAUAUUCACUCUAGCACAGGCAAUUCUCAGUCUUGAGGGUUUGAAGACUGCCACGGGCAUAUCGGAAGCCCAUCAACGCGGUUGUGCGAAUGCGAAUGCCAUGCUGAUUCUUCUUCUCGAUGAGGCUACUUCUUCGCUUGAUCCGGGGACCGAGGCGGUUAUAGGUGGUAUUAUGCGUCGCGAGUUUGUGGAGAAGGGGCAUACUACUAUCGCGAUUACGCAUAGGGUGAGUGAGACCUUGCAGGUUGGGGGUCGGGGGAUGAUUGUUCAGCUGGAUGGGGGGAGGAUUGAGAGGGUUGAUGAUACUGCUUAG